CCAUUGGUCUGGGUUGGUCUCCAAGUCCAUAAAGAGUUAGGCAGGAUAGUGCUGAGGCAUCACUGGACAGCAUUAAAACAACCGUCUGUCCAGGGCUGCGUUACAGCCACCCACCGCAGCCCUCCUCUCUGCCACUGCAGUCCCACGUUCUGUACCACUACUGCCCUGCUGGCCGGAUUAACUCAUAGAACGGUGAAAAGACCAAACAGACAUCAUGUCUGAAAAAAAGAUGUCAUCGAGCCGCAAGCAUCAUCUGAAGAGCCUGAUGCUCCAGAUCGCCCAGGAACUGAUAGCGGAAGAGGAAGCUCAGUCUUUAGAGGACAGGAAACAGUACAUGAGUGAAAAUAUCACUCCUCUGCAGCUCACAGGAUCCAUUGCAGAACUCCAGGACCUGUGUAAGAAGAUGCACCAGAAGAUUGAUGUGAUAGAUGAGGAGAGAUACGACCUGGGCAGCAAAGUUGGCAAAAGUGACAAAGAGAUUGAGGAUCUGCAGAUUAAAGUACAGGACCUGAAGGGCAAGUUCAAGAAGCCCGUCCUGAAGAAAGUCCGCAUGUCUGCUGACGCUAUGCUCCAGGCUCUGCUGGGCUCCAAACACAAGGUGUCCAUGGAUCUGAGGGCCAACCUGAAGCAAGUCAAGAAGGAGGUCAAGGAAGAGGACAAAGAAUCUGUGGGUGACUGGCGUAAGAACAUCGAAGACAAAUCAGACAGAAAGAAGAUGUUUGAGACUACUAAGGAGUAGAUGUUACUGGAGUUCCAGACAGGAAGUAGUUUGAGACUCAUAAGGAGUAGAUGUUACUGGAGAUCCAGACAGGAAGUAGUUUGAGACUCAUAAGGAGUAGAUGUUACUGGAGAUCCAGACAGGAAGUAGUUUGAGACUCAUAAGGAGUAGAUGUUACUGGAGAUCCAGACAGGAAGUAGUUUGAGACUCAUAAGGAGUAGAUGUUACUGGAGAUCCAGACAGGGAGAUGUUAGAGACAGCUUGAACAACCUUCUGCCUUUGGUUACGAAGUUAUCCAGUUAUGACCUGUUUGUUUGCUUGUUUGUUUUUCGUCUCUGGCUAAAUUCAUCUAAGAGGUAGUUCCAUCUCUCUGACUGUUGUAAACAGAUGUUAAUGAAUUGUUAUGGUAUCUAAGAGGUAGUUCCAUCUCUCUAGGACUGUUGUAAACAGGUGUUAAUGAAUUGUUAUGGUAUCUAAGAGGUAGUUCCAUCUCUCUAGGACUGUUGUAAACAGGUGUUAAUGAAUUGUUAUGGUAUCUAAGAGGUAGUUCCAUCUCUCUAGGACUGUUGUAAACAGAUGUUAAUGAAUUGUUAUGAUAUCUAAGAGGUAGUUCCAUCUCUCUCAGACUGUUGUAAACAGAUGUUAAUGAAUUGUUAUGAUAUCUAAGAGGUAGUUCCAUCUCUCUAGGACUGUUGUAAACAGAUGUUAAUGAAUUGUUAUGGUAUCUAAGAGGUAGUUCCAUCUCUCUAGGACUGUUGUAAACAGAUGUUAAUGAAUUGUUAUGAUAUCUAAGAGGUAGUUCCAUCUCUCUAGGACUGUUGUAAACAGAUGUUAAUGAAUUGUUAUGGUAUCUAAGAGGUAGUUCCAUCUCUCUAGGACUGUUGUAAACAGAUGUUAAUGAAUUGUAAUGAUAUCUAAGAGGUAGUUCCAUCUCUCUAGGACUGUUGUAAACAGGUGUUAAUGAAUUGUUAUGGUAUCUAAGAGGUAGUUCCAUCUCUCUAGGACUGUUGUGGCAGGUGUUAAUGUGCGUAAUCAAAACAAUCUAUAAUUUUGUUCCAAUUCAAUUUCUGAAAAUAAAUGAUUUGCUGAAAAAAAACACGAUUUAUUUUGUGUAUAUGGCUUUCUGCUACAAGAGAUAAUUGAAUUUCCCACAGCUGUUAUACCAUCACCGUACCUAUGUUUGCUCUGAAAUAUUCUGUUGUCAAAGGGAAGCUUUCUAUCAGGAAUGAGGUGGACAUAAUCCCAAACCACAUUAUGGAAUUCUGAUUUUUGGGGAUUAUUUUAUUAAAUUGAUGAUGCCAGCAUGGAAUAGUUUAGAGUUCAGGUGGUAAUCUCUGAAUAACGGUACCAGAUGUUGUCAGAUGUAUAACAGUACCAGAUGUUGCCAGAUGUAUAACAGUACCAGAUGUUACCAGAUGUAUAACAGUACCAGACGUUACCAGAUGUAUAACAGUACCAGAUGUUACCAGAUGUAUAACAGUACCAGAUGUUACCAGAUGUAUAACAGUACCAGAUGUUACCAGAUGUAUAACAGUACCAGAUGUUACCAGAUGUAUAACAGUACCAGAUGUUACCAGAUGUAUAACAGUACCAGACGUUACCAGAUGUAUAACAGUACCAGAUGUUACCAGAUGUAUAACAGUACCAGACGUUACCAGAUGUAUAACAGUACCAGAUGUUACCAGAUGUAUAACAGUACCAGAUGUUACCAGAUGUAUAACAGUACCAGAUGUUGCCAGAUGUAUAACAGUACCAGAUGUUACCAGAUGUAUAACAGUACCAGAUGUUACCAGAUGUAUAACAGUACCAGAUGUUGCCAGAUGUAUAACAGUACCAGAUGUUGCCAGAUGUAUAACAGUACCAGAUGUUACCAGAUGUAUAACAGUACCAAAUGUUACCAGAUGUAUAACAGUACCAAAUGUUACCAGAUGUAUAACAGUACCAGAUGUUACCAGAAGUUUCUAUGACUCAACAUAAUAUGAUGUUUGAGAACACAGUGAACCAUAGGUCAGGUCCUAUUGGUCUGCAUCUAAGGAGUUGUUAGGUAAAACAGAGAAAGACAGCUAAGACAUUUUUCACCCUAACACCAAGAAAAUCAGAUCCCACUUUUUCAUACAAAAUACUUGAUGUAAAAUGUAUUAUUCAACAAUAAAAACAUGUUUGUUUUUA